AUGGACAGCGGUGAGGGAGGAGGAGGGGAUGGAGGGGGAGGAGAGGAGAGAGAUGCUGACCUCAGUCCCCAGGCUUUAUCUCUUCCUCUCCUGACCCUGGCGGUCAUUCCAGAGCAGGGGUCAUCUUCUCAUACCUCAGCCGUGGCCCCUGCCAAAGAGCCCCUGACCCUGCCUCAGCAGGAGGAGGAGGGCGCAGAGGGGUCCCAGGGUAGAGAAGAGACCCAGGGAGGUGAACAGAAAGAAGGAAACCGGCAUUCACAGGAGAAUGGAACAUGUCAGAAGCAGGGGAUGAAGGAGGACUUCGGGGAGGGAUAUUUGUCAGGGCAAAAGGAGGAAGGUGGGGAGGUGCCUGUAGGUGUGGGAGAGGUGACAGUAACAGGGGGCCUACUAGAAGCCCUUAGCAGCAGAGGCGGAGAGGAGGAGACGGAAGAGGAGGAGGCCAUCUCAAACCAAAGCCAAACCAAAUCCAAAUGUUCUUUAUUACCUCAACAGAGCCAGCACAGCUCUUCUUCCAGCACUGCAAAGGCCAGUGGCACACUCGACAGCAAAAUAGCCGCCUCUCCAAAGCCCUCCCCCACUCCUUCCACCUCUCCAAAACCCUCCCCUUUUCUUUCCACCUCUCCAAAGCACUUCACUUGUCCAUCCUCCUCUUCUGCCCUGCUGAGCGAGACAGAGGUACAAGACAUUAAGGGAGAUCAGGGCUUGAUUUCUGGGUUUCCUCAGAGCUUUAAAUCCCAGCAGUCUACUCUGGCUUUUCCACUGGUAGGUACAGAGCCUGCCAGUAUACCUGCCGAGGAUGAUGGGCCGUCAGGGGUUCCUCACUCUUCCAUUUCCGAUGGAGAUGGUGCCAAAGCUCCAGAACCAAAUGACCGCCAGCUUGAGACAGAAGUGGAUGACGAGAGAGACAAAGAAGAAGAACAGAAAGAAGCUGUCCUUAAAAACCUCAACCAAGACCUCUCUCCUAAUUCACUGACUAGUCACAUGACCAUAAUGCACUCACGCAAUUCCUGCAAGACACUGAAAUGCCCCAAGUGUAACUGGCACUAUAAGUCCCAGCAUACACUGCAAGUUCACAUGAAGGAGAAACACCCAGAGACAGGAGGCCAGUGUGUGUGUGGCACCACUGGGGGAAAGUGUGUGUGUGGCGGUGCAACACGAGGUGUGUGUGGGUAUUGCAGUUCAGGGAAACCCCAUCCUCGCUUGGCCCGUGGUGAAACCUAUGCCUGUGGCUACAAGCCCUACCGCUGUGAGGUGUGUGACUAUGCUACCUCGUCAAAAGGCAACCUCAGCAUACACAUGCAGUCGGAUAAACACCUUAAUAACGUUCAAAAUGGGGGACACUCGAAUGGUCACAUGCACACUUCUCACGUUACCAACAACAGCAGCUCCUCCAAUGGUCACACAGUGGAUGAGCCGACAUACAAGCUCCCACUCUCUAUUCCUACGCCUACUACCCAGCCCACCAAGCUCACACCACCUGCACACUCUCACUCUCAUGGUAAGCGGUGGCGGUGUGAUGUGUGCGACUAUGAGACCAGCAUUGCCCGCAACCUGCGCAUACACACCACCAGCGAGAAACACACGCAUAACAUGCUACGGCUGCAGAGAGGUUAUUAUUUAUCCCACUGUAGGAGCCUUGCUCCUCAGCUUAAACACCUGCAAAACACAGGUGGGGAACUCUCCUUGAACAUGCAACUGACCAGUCAACAAGUUGCAGAACAGCCAGUGACCCUUGGGUCUACUCUGACUCCUUCUCCGUCCCCCUCUCCCUCUCCCCCUCCAGCCCCAUCUUUGUCCCCCACUGGACCCCUCUCCCAGGGUGUGUUCCAGUGCCUUGUCUGCUCCUGCUUUUCGUCCGACAGCUUAGAGUCUGUGGAGCAGCACCUGAACACCCCUCGCUCCCUGCCCCAGUCUGAGUGGUGCUCCCUGGUCGCUGGUGGCUGCCACUGCAGGCUGUGUGGCUACACCACCCCCCUGAGGGCUAACUUCUCCUUGCACUGCCAGACUGACAGACACCGCACCCGUUACCAGCUUGCUGCUCACCUCCAGGAGGGAGGAGACAGGGGUCAGGAGGGGGCCGCCCUUAUUGCUAAGGGCAACCCCGUCCAGCUGAGGUGCAACCUGUGUGACUAUGUGACCAGCAGUUUGGAAAAGCUACGAGGACAUUCCCUCAGUUCACACCAUGAGGCCAGCGUCCGGGUUUACCAAUUCCUGCAGCAGUAUGAUGGUGAGGUUGAUGGAGGUUCAUGGCUGUUCCAUUGUCUCCUAUGCAACCACUCCUCCUCUUCUAAACUCCAAGUACUAAAACACAGUCAAACCCCGACCCAUCAGCAGAGGGAAGGGCUACUGCAGCUGCAGCCAAUGGGCGGAGAGGAGCUGGCAGCAAUUUUUACCAUCAGGAAAAGCCCUGAUGGGGUCACAGGAGAGUUCAGCGAUGAUAUGGAAACUUCCAGUGAGAUCACCACUGGUCCUUUGGACCAAACCAAAGACACAUUUAACUUGGGGUCAGAGCAGAUUUCUAAGGAGACAGAAGACACUAGGGGGGAAGAAAGGGAAAAAAGGGAGUCAUUGUCCCCAGUCAAGCGUCCAUUGUCUGGAUGCGGGGAAAUGGAAAACUCCAUCUCAACCAAACGCCCCAGAAUACACCAGCAAAAUGAGAACCAGCAGACUGUCCAGUGCCCUUUGUGCCAGGUUAAAGUCCCAUACGUACACCUUCGACAGCAUCUCACACAUGUGCACAGUGUUGCACAGGACUGUGUAGAAAAGCUCAUCAGCGUAGUCACACCACCCAUGGAACAACCGCAGCCUCAGCUGGAGACAGAGUUACAGACAUACUCUCGCACAGAUGAUACUCAGAAAAAUAAAAACAUCAAGAAUGACAAUGCAAAUAGUUUCAAUACUGCUGAUUCCGUUGCCUCAGUUGAUUCACAGAAAAACAAAGGCAUUUCAGGAGAGAACACUGAGGGAGAUGUAGCCGCACCCAAAGAUGUCACAGCUCUACUCACCCCACCCCUGGAAGACAACACUGCUCACCCUUCCAAUGGCAGACUUGUUCCUCAGUCCCCGACUCAGACACCCCCCUCCUCCCCACCCACCUCUCCAACCAGCGAUCUCCCUCCCCUUUCUGAUCGCCAUGGUUACCGGUUCCGUUGCAGCAGGUGCAGCCUGGCGUUCCCCACUCAGGAGAAGCUCCAGCUGCACUGGCAGUACCAUGCCAUGAGGGCGGCGACAGAGUGCCCCCUCUGUUCUAGACAAUGUCGCAGUCAGGAGGCCCUGCAGAGACACAUGCAGAACACACACUCACAGUUGGACAACACCCAGGGGCAGAAUACACUCUUACCGCCUCAUACUGCGCAAUACAUGGAGAAUAAUAAAAAUUCAGUUCAUCAAGAUUUUAGCCUGUCACCGCAAGUGGGUCAAGAAGCAGGAGAGGGUGAGGAUGAAGAAACAGAGGAAGAUGCACUUGGCUUGGAGGGAAAGGAGGAACAAAAAGAGGAAGUUAAAAUUAAAGAGAAGGACAUAGCGGGUCAGGUUGAUGGAGCUGAAGAUGAUUUAAUUGAGCCAGAAAAAGGGCCCCAUGAGGAAAUUAUAUCAGAACCUAGUUCCAGCUCUCCUUUCAAGAAGAGCUCUAACCCCACAAUGGACCGCUAUCUGGAUCCAUCCAGGCCGUAUAAAUGCACCAUAUGUUCUGAAUCUUUUACUCAGAAAACUAUUCUUCUGGUUCACUAUAACUCUGUGUCCCAUCUCCACCGGGCCAGACGAGCUCUGCAGGACUCUGGCACAGGUGUUGCUGCUCCCGAGACUCCCCGUGGCCCAGAUCCUAGACCCUACCGCUGUCGAUUGUGUGGAGUAGGCUACAGCCAAAGCUCCACACUGGACAUACAUCUUCGCUCUGUCCUUCACCAGACAAGAGCUCGUGCUGCCCAGAACCCAGGUCCACAGACCUCAGCGUCUAGUGUAGCUACUUCAGUAUCAAUGCCCACCACUGCUACUCAGGCUGCUACCACGAGAGAGGAAACGUCCAAGAGUUUGCCUUUUACCAAGAGACCAGAUAUAGUGAGCUCUUCAACCUCUUUAUUAGGCUUAACAGCUGAGACCCAGUCAACCCUCUCUAGCCCAGUUGACAGCCAGCAGGCUAAAACAAGAGUGGCAGAACUGCUAGCAUCAAGAAACCAGCUAAUGCUAAUACAACAGCAGCAGCAAUUAGCCCAGGCACAGGCCCAAGCUCAAUUACAACACACAGCCCUGCUGCAGUCCCAAAUGAUGCAGCACCUCCCCAUAGUGCCAGAGAAUCUCCUUCAACAACACUUUUCUCUGGCACCAGACAACUUGCUUUCUCUGCAGCAACAGCUUCUUCUGCCCUUUUACUUUGCUGGAGACAUGACAUUUAACCCAGAAUUGGCUAUUAAGAGCCUAGAAUUUAGUCCGUCAGAAUCUGCCAGCUCCACCCCAAAAGAACAUGUUAAGACAGAGGCUAAACAAGAGUCCCUACCUCAAACAGAUGAGAAACACAUCCAGAAAAAAAGUUCAUAUUCAAGUGUUGUCCAACCAAAAGAUCAUAUACAGUUUGACACCAGGGUUGAAACAGGCAGCAGUGGAUCCACCACCAACCGUACAGAAAAAGAAUCCAGCACAAGUCUUGAGGAAGAAAAAGAACAUAUGCCUGUUUAUACUGUUAAAAAAGAAAGUCACACAGAGGAAAAAGAUUCCUCUUCAUUUAAUCCUCUUGGAUUGCAGUGUCCUCCUCCUAGAGUGCCCUACGCUGCUGUGAAUGGGGAACCUCUCAGAGCUCUGCUGCAGAGUUAUGGCUAUGAGUUGGCAUUACAAUAUUUACAAAGUAGACACAGACACCAGCAGCAGAUAGUAACACAAAUGAUAUCAGAAAAACAAGUGUGCUCUCGUAUGAACAAGAUGGAGGUGUACUCAGAGGAAGAAAAAUAUGAGUUUAGUAAAUUACAGGCUGGAAAGGUGGAAGCCUGCCAUAAGGGUGACACAAAAGGAGUAGAAGGCAAUGGAGGCAUUGAUAGCUUGUCAAAGGAGAAAAGGCAGAACAACCAGGAGAAAUCUGCAAACAAAGAGAAAGGAUGCUGUGGAAUAGGAGAAAAGUGUAGAGACUGUGGCAAGUUUUUUUCAGAUUCCAUGAUUUUAAAAAGCCACCAGGAGUACAUUCACAGGAUGACGUUUCCCACUGCUGCACUAGAGAGGUUUUCCAGAGAAUACAGGCUGCAGUAUGAUCAGAUGUACCCACUCACACAGCCGAAAUUGGCAGAUAAUUCAACUGCUAGUAACCAAGCUGCAGUCCCAGCUACAUCAUCAGAAUCAGAACCUGUACCUGAACCAGUUAAGGCUCAAGUUAAAAACACUGCAACCUCACCUGAAAACUCAGUUUCAGAUUCCGUAACCAAAACAUGCGCUCAAGCUACUGACCAGACACUAACUGCCCCUGCACCAUCUCCACCUCUUUCUCCUUCUCAACCUCAAACAUUGCCACAACAGGACGCACCUAUCCCAAGCACAUCUGCUACAGUUACUUCUCAAACCACAUCUCCAGCUAAGGCCAUGCCUCUUUCCUUAUCGAAAAUCCCUAUGCUCCCUCUGUCCUUGCCCCACCUUCCUCUACCCUCACUGAAUUUACCUAAGCUUCCCCUACCCCCCAUUCCUUUCCCAAUGGAGCUACCUCUCCUCCCUCCAGUUAUGAUGCAGUCUGUGGCUCUCCAGCCUCAAUCUUGGAUAGAUUCAAGUGUGAACCCUGAGCUGGCAAAACUCUACCAAACUCAACUCAACCCAGCACUGCUAGGGCAACAGCCACAGCUCAGUCCAGCAUUGCUAGCCCAGCAGCCCCAGCUCAGCCCAGCUUUGCUAGGUCAGCCUCCACAACUUAAUCCUGCCUUGCUGGGCCAACAAUCCCAACCCAGCCCCAGCCAAACAGGACAGCAACCUCAAGUCAGCCCAACAAUACUCGAACAAUCGCAGUGUAAAAGAACCCGAACACGAAUCUCUGAGGAGCAACUAACUGUUCUGAGAAAACACUUUGAUAUUAACACCCUCCCUGGUGAUGACGAGAUAAAUGAGAUGUCUGCUCUGUCUGGUCUGCCUCACAAAGUAAUCAAACACUGGUUCCGCAACACCCUCUUUAAAGAGCGCCAGCGAGACAAGGAUUCCCCUUACAAUUUUAAUAAUCCUCCCACCAUAACCCUUGAGGAGUCCAGAGAGGAAGCAGCCCAAAACCAGCCUCUGUCACUUUCUCCAUCUUCACUUUCCCCGGGCCUCCCAGUCAACACCUCCCCACAGCCCCAGACAACAGACCCCCAUAGGGGCAGACGCUCUUCUCGAACCCGCUUCACGGAGCAACAGCUGGAGACCCUGCAAAGGGUAUUUGAGGCCACUCCCUACCCCAGAGAGGAAGAAUAUGACAGGUUGUCUGCUCUGUUGUCCCUCCCUAACCGAGUUAUUGUUGUAUGGUUCCAGAAUGCUAGACAGAGAGCCCGCAAAAGUCAAGACAGGGGGACAGAUGAUGGAUUAGAGGGAAAUAACCAGCUUGGCAAUGCUCACAGGCACAGAAAUGGCGACUAUAAGAAUGAUGGUGACAAUGAGGAUAACAGUUGUGGGGAUGAAGGACAAUGUGACUCUCAAAAUGAAAACUCCAUGGAUCUGACAUAUGAGUAUUAUACUCACCCUGAGUCACCAGCCAUUGAUUAUUCUACUCACUGCACAGAAAGUGAGCAUCUAACAGCCAAAGGUGAACCAGCACCUGUUAUGAGGAAACAAGAAGAUAAAACAAUCUCUCCUCAGGCUAACAAGAGCCCAGCUACUGUUCAGAUUCAAAAUGGAAUUUCAAAUACAGAAACACAGCAUAAGGAAAUUGUUCAGGCCAUACAAACAGUGUCCUCCCCACAACCUGAGGUCCAGCUGAAGCCUGAAGGUACAAUGGAAAGACCCCAGCCUCGUUCUUCCUCCUCUUCACAAAAAAUAGUACCUCUCACUCCGUCUAUAUCUGAUGCAAGCCGGGGUCAUGCACAUAGCCCUCCCUCUUAUCCAGUUGUUGAAAAGCCUAAUGAUACAUCUCCCAGCCUGCCUUCUGCUCCAGAGUCCGAAAGAAGCGACAUUCAGCACCUUGAGGUCACUUCUGGACCAUCCACUGAAACCCAGCCACAAAGCCAACUCCAACCCCAAACCCAGGCUCAGUUCCAGUGCAGUCUCUGCCCAAUGUCCUUGCCAUCGUUCCAGCUGUGGCAAGAGCAUCAGACCAGGCACCUCCUGGCAGCUCAGUCCCAGGUCCAACUCCUCCAUUCUGGCUUUGCAGACCGAACCAUGCCUUACAUGAUGCUUCACUCCAACCACACCCUGAUGGCCAGCCAAAUGCUUUCAGGCGCUAUGUCCCAGAUGCACCCUAAUCCCGCACAUACAAUGAUUUCACACUUAAAUAGCAUACAAAUUAAGAAUACACUCUCUGACCACUCGAGUAACAACCUCAACAGCCUCUCUCAAAGUUCCCUAACACCUAUGAAGCAGAGUUCAAAGGUUUUGUCAGAGACCAGUUUUGAGGGCCAAAGGUGUGGUAGAGAGGUUGAGGAGGAGCACCGAAGGGAUAAGCGCCAGAGAACAACCAUCACCCCAGAACAACUUGAAGUGUUGUAUCAGCGCUACAGCUUGGACUCAAACCCCACCAGAGGAGUCUUGGAAGGCAUUGCACGAGAUGUGGGCCUUACAAGACGUGUGGUUCAGGUGUGGUUUCAGAACACCAGAGCCAGAGAGAGGAAAGGACAGUUCCGGUCAAUGGGGCCAGGAUCCAGUUUCACCUUGGGUUUGAACCACCUGCGCUGCCCAUUCUGCAGGGCUCUCUUCAAGGUAAAGAGUGCUCUGGAUGCCCAUAUGAGGUCACGCCACUGGGCAGAGGCUGAAAGAGCAGGCUACAACCUGUCAAUGAGUAAUGGAUCCAAUGGCCAGAUGGGGAUGGUUAUGUCAUCUUUCAUGGACAAACCAGGCCCAUCUAUAUCUUGUAACCCUAUCCCAAACCCUGGCUAUAUCAUCAGCAACAAAGACUUAGCAGUGAAGCCAACUGUGACUUCUUUGUCUUCAACCACUGACCUGAACCACCCAGAGGAGGAUGAUGACUUUGAUGAAGAGGACGAGGAGUACCCAUGUGACGAGGGUUCAAGUAUGGCUGACCAAGGGUCUCCGGGUCCUGAGGGAUCUGGGGGUCCAAGCUUUGAUUGGGGUGAGACACAAACUCUUCAACAGCACCAACAUCAGCAGCAGCGCCAAAGGACACAGAUGAGCCACUUCCAGGUACUCCAGCUCAGAGACUUCUACAGGAGCCACCGUACACCCAACCGACAUGAGUGUGAGGCACUGGGCCAGGAGUUGGGACUGCCUCACCGCGUGGUGCAGGUGUGGUUUCAGAAUGCCAGAGCCAAGGAGAAGAGAGCCAGGAGCCUGAGCUCUGACUCUGCAGAGAGGGAGCAGGCUGAGCUGACUGCAGGGGCAGGGGAGAGAGACAGAGCUUAG